AUGGGUGGGGAACUAAAAAGCACAUUGCCUCUUGAGAAGCUGUAUGACUUUCUGUCCAAGUCUACCGACGUGGAGAUAUGGGAGAAGGACAUUAGGACCAAGCACCGGGGAAGGAUAGUCGGGUUUGACGAGUACAUGAACCUCGUGAUUGACAAUGGGGCCAAGAGAUACUUGCUGAAGGGAGACUGUGUAUGCGUGGUUCUUGGGAAGGAUACAUGCUAG